AUGGCCAAUUAUAGUAACCGCGGGGUGUCACACUGCGAGAGAACAGAUCGACGUGACAACAAAACACGUAAUAAUAAUACAGAAACACGUAAUAACAGGAAAGAAACACGUAAUAACAGGACAGAACCAUGUAAUAAUAAUACAGAAACACGUAAUAACAGGACAGAACCAUGUAAUAAUAAUAUAGAACCAUGUAAUAAUAAUACAGAAACACGUAAUAACAGGACAGAACCAUGCAAUAAUAAUACAGAAUCACGUAAUAACAGGACAGAACCACGUAAUAUCAGGACAGAACCAUGUAAUAAUAAUACAGAACCACGUAAUAACAGGACGGAACCACGUAAUAACAGGACAGAACCACGUAAUAACAGGACAGAACCAUGUAAUACUAAUACAGAAACACGUAAUAACAGGAAAGAAACACGUAAUAACAGGACAGAACCAUGUAAUACUAACACAGAAACACGUAAUAACAGGAGAGAAACACGUAAUCACACGACAGAACCAUGUAAUAAUAAUACAGAAUCACGUAAUAACAGGACAGAACCACGUAAUAACAGGAGAAAACCAUGUAAUAAUAAUACAGAAACACGUAAUAACAGUACAGAAACACGUAAUAACACGACAGAAACACGCAAUAAGACAGAACCACGUAAUAACAGGACAGAACCACGUAAUAAUAGUACAGAACCAUGUAAUAACAGGACAGAACCACGUAAUAACACGACAGAACCACGUAAUAAUAGUACAGAACCACGUAAUAAUAGUGCAGACCCACGCAAUAAGACAGAACCAUGUAAUAACAAGACAGAACCACGUAAUAAUAGUGCAGACCCACGCAAUAAGACAGAACCAUGUAAUAAUAGUACAGAACCACGUAAUAACAGUACAGGUACACGUAAUAACACGACAGAACCACGUAAUAAUAAUAUAGAACCACGUAAUAACAGUAGAGAACCAUGUAAUACCACGACAGAACUAUGUAAUAAAAAUACAGAACCACGUAAUAACAGAACAGAACCAUGCAAUAAUAAUACAGAAACACGUAAUAACACGACAGAAACACGUAAUAACAGGACAGAAGCACGUAAUAACAGGACAGAACCAUGUAAUGAUAAUACAGAAACACGUAAUAACAGGACAGAACCAUGUAAUAAUAAUACAGAACCACGUAAUAACACGACAGAAACACUUAGGUGA